AGAAGAAGAAUCCACGCGUCACUGUUCAAAACAAUACUGGAAGUUCCGCCUGUCUGGCGCCGUGUUCACAAGAAGAUGUCUCAAAAUAAUCCCGACAAAGAUGACCAAACGUCAAGCAGUAAGAAGAACAUCUCACUCCCGAUUUCCAGAGUCAGGUUGAUAAUGAAGAGCUCCCCGGAUGUCUCCAGCAUCAACCAGGACGCCCUGUUCCUCACCACCAAGGCGACAGAGCUGUUUGUCCAGCACCUGGCUCUGUCCUCCUUCAACAACGGCUCCGGGAAGGAGACCAACAGCCUGUCGUACAGCGACCUGGCUCACACCGCAGAGGAGACGGAGACCUUCCACUUCCUUACAGACAUCCUGCCUAAGAAGAUCUUGGCCCAAGAUUACCUCAAGUCCUUGGAGCAAAUGCAGGAGGAGGACGCUGACUUUUAAAGAGCGACACUGGCUGUGUGUUGCACCUGGACAGAUGUUAGGAAGUGUACACACCAUUCAUUAAGAGCAACAUGACUGGCAGGACAGACACCUUGGAAUUUAUCAACUCUUUUGAACACGCUGAGUUGAGCUGUAGGCCUCAUGGAACUGAAAGUAAAGCCACCUAGGGCAUAUGUGAAAUUAAGUGAAGACUCAAACACAACCUAGAGAGUCUUAGAGCACCAUGGAAGAAGAUGUACCUUAUGUGAGUCAAAGUUUGUAACGGUGUCCAAAACAAAGCAGCCUCAGAUGAAUCAUAACCCCUUGAGUUGUCUGCAGAACUGAUCACGUCUACAAAAUCAGUAUUUUUGUGUAGGCUAAAGUACUGUUGGUGCUAAUACAAGAUGCAGUUGAAAAGUAGAUCUCAGAACAAUUCUGCAUUUGGCCUGUAGUCAAAGACUAUCUUUGAGUAGCAGCAACUUACAAAGUUCAUGCCUGUUUUCCAUGCACUAUUAUCAGGAGGAAAGAAUUGUUUUUUUCUGAAGGCCUGCAGGAGCCUGCAUGUAACAGACCAAGACACAAUGGGAGUCCAUUCCACACAGCUGGAGUACAGAUGUGUCAGCUCCUGAGUUGUUAUUGCCUUUAAAAUAUGGUUGGGUUAACACUUUAUUUUAGACACGCUGUCAAACACUGAUGUCAAAGUGAAUUGUGCUGAUGUUUCUAAUCUAAGUUAUUCCUGAGUUUUUUUUCCAAUAUAAUGUCAUGUUUGAAUUAUGAGUAGCUUCUCAUAAAUACUUGAAAGUUGUUUGAACUGAUCAAAAGUACAAAUACCUCUUUUUCUUUUCUUCUCCAGUUCAACUAUAAAGCAACUGAACAUGCUGUGUCUUUCCAAAUGAAAAUUCACCCUCAGCCUAACAGAUGUGACUAUUUAAGUAACAGCUUACCACCUUACAAGGCAUCUUGCUCGUAAAUUUGUUGUAAAAUUGUUUCGAUUUGAUAUUGAAAUAAAGUUUCAUGCUGUCUGAUA